AUGCCUGGACACGGCCUUCUGUUCUUCAUUCCUGGCAACCCAGGACUCGUCGACUACUACACCGACUUUUUUGACGCGCUCAAGGUCCGCAUAUGCUGGGCUGAGGGCCACAUCCACAUCCACGGUCGCGAUCUCUUUGGUUUUCGUGAUGAUAGCCAUGAGCCCUUCAGCAAAGACAACCCGCCGUACGACGUCGAACGCCAGAUUGAGCUUGUGUUUGAUCAUUUGGCAUCACUGAGACGGACGGACUCGUCGCGGAAUGCGCCGGGGAAGAAGGGCGAACCAUAUGACUUUGUCGUUCUAGCGGGUCACUCGGUCGGUAGCUAUAUCGCCCUCGAAAUCUUCCAUCGGCAUAUGAAGGAUCCAUCGCGUGCGCCUCAUCUCAAAUUGCAAGCAGGCAUGCUCCUCUUCCCCACAGUCACGCACAUAGCUCAGUCGCCGAGUGGGAAGCGAUUUGAUCUCCUCCGCACGACACCGUUUCUCAACAACACGGCGCAUGUUAUUGCCCAAAGGUUUCUGAAUCUGUGGCCGGCGGUGGCGCUCCGAUGGUUCGUCGGCACCGUACUCGGCUUUGGGGCCAAGGCAGCCGAUGUCACUACCAAGUUCCUGAAGAGUCGGGACGGGGUGUGGCAAGCGAUUCACAUGGGGAAAGAUGAGAUGAGGGUCAUUACCGAGGAGAAAUGGGACAAGGAACUAUGGGAGGUCGAGGAAGAAGAUGUAGGCGCUGGCGGGCGGGCUGCUCCGAGAUUCUUCCUCUUUUUCGGAAAGAAGGACCACUGGGUCGGCGAUCAUUUCAGGGACCAUUUCAUCAGAGCCCGAGAGAAGCAUAUUGAGAAUGGAUGGGCACGAGUUGAGAUUGAUGACAUAGGGCUCCCUCAUGCCUUCUGCGUAACUGAGAAGAAUAGUGAGGUCAUCGCUGGCAAGGUGGCAAACUGGCUCAAAGAGGUUUGGGAUGGCUUGGCACAGCCAGCAGCAUGA